CCGCCCGGAACCCAGGUCGGUUCCCUCCAUUAAUUCAUCUCUUGCCAAUCGACUUCGGCGGCCAACCUCUAUUUCACUCAGUCAUCUGUCCGAAAAAAAAAAACAUAUCCAGAGCUCCCCGAGCUCCCAUCAGGCACUAUGGGUCAAAAUCAAUCUGGAAUGGGUGGUGGAGGCGAGGGUCGGGAAGACAAGGAUAAGAAGAAGCAGAAGCCCAAGUACGAGCCGCCUCCUCGCCCAACUACCCGCGUUGGCCGCAAGAAGAGAAAGGCAGGUGGUACCAGCGCUGCUGCCAAGCUUCCCGCCGUUUUCCCUACCAGUAGAUGUAAAUUACGUCUACUUCGAAUGCAGCGCAUCCACGACCAUCUGAUCCUGGAGGAGGAAUAUGUCGAGAACCAGGAGCGUCUGAGGAAGGCCAAGGCUGCGAAGGAGGGAUCAUCUGUCAACCCCGAAAACGAGCUCGACCGUCUUGCCGACGAGCGAAGCCGCGUCGAUGACAUGCGCGGCAGCCCCAUGGGCGUCGGCACCCUGGAGGAGAUGAUUGACGACGACCACGCCAUCGUCAGUAGCACUACCGGGCCCGAGUACUACGUGAGCAUUAUGAGCUUCGUCGACAAGGACCUCCUCGAGCCCGGCGCCAGCGUCUUGCUACACCACAAGAGUGUCAGCGUUGUGGGCGUUCUGACCGAUGACACCGAUCCCCUGGUCAGCGUCAUGAAACUCGACAAAGCCCCCACCGAAUCCUACGCCGACAUUGGUGGUCUCGAGAAUCAGAUCCAGGAAGUCCGCGAAUCGGUCGAGCUACCCCUGCUACACCCCGAGCUCUACGAGGAGAUGGGCAUCAAGCCCCCCAAGGGUGUCAUCCUCUACGGUGCCCCUGGAACGGGCAAGACACUGCUGGCCAAGGCCGUGGCGAACCAGACUUCGGCCACUUUCCUGCGCAUAGUAGGCAGUGAGCUGAUUCAGAAAUACCUCGGCGAUGGCCCUCGUUUGGUCCGGCAGCUGUUCCAGGUUGCCGCAGAGAACGCUCCCUCGAUCGUCUUCAUCGACGAGAUUGAUGCCAUCGGCACCAAACGAUACGAAUCGACUUCAGGCGGCGAACGAGAAAUUCAGCGAACCAUGUUGGAACUGCUCAACCAGCUCGACGGUUUCGACGACCGCGGCGACGUCAAGGUGAUCAUGGCCACGAACAAGAUAGAAACGCUCGACCCUGCGCUCAUCCGACCUGGCCGAAUCGAUCGCAAGAUUCUGUUCGAGAACCCCGACCAGAACACGAAGCGCAAGAUUUUCACGCUCCACACCUCCAAGAUGUCGCUCAACCCGGACGUCGACCUGGAGGAGUUCAUUUCCGCCAAGGAUGACCUGUCGGGUGCCGACAUCAAGGCCAUCUGCUCCGAGGCUGGUCUCAUGGCCCUCCGCGAGAGGCGCAUGCGCGUCCAGAUGGCCGAUUUCCGGGCCGCGAGGGAGAGGGUACUGCGCACGAAGCAGGAGAGCGAACCCGAAGGCCUGUACUUGUAAGGUACUGUAUGACUGUGUACAACGUCGCUUCCAAGGAUGGUGGAGAGCUGUAACGGGAGUUUAGAGGUAAUACAGCUACAUGCUGCCAACUACGCCUGAAUAGGUGCCCGGCAUUUGUCUCCUUUCGUUCGUGUUAAGCUGACACUUGUAAAAUAUGACGACCGUCUUCCUACAUGUCCGAUUGCCCGCAGUCGUGGUCAAGGACGUGAUCUUGUACAUGGCUUGUUGACUGUAGGACCGGUCAAUAUACACGACCAACUCAGUGUCCAAAGUGGAAAAGGGCGUCAGACAAGCUGUGGAAGGUCUGGGCUCACGACUACAAUGUACGACCAUAACGACCACGCGCUACGGAUUAUAACAGUCUUCUACGAGUAAUCACGGU